AUGGUCGACCCCGUGGUUGAUGCGGGUGUAACGGACACCUUGGAGGCACGUUUGGCUGACGCGAGGAGACGCCACGCGGAUGGCGAGUACGGGACGAUCCCCUUGGUGAUCGCCGAGUUGGGCAUCCAGUCGCAGUGGGUGACUGAACACCCUUCCCGUCCUACUUGUCCUCGACCGGUGCGCAACGAAGGUGGCGUCGACGACGAGGUCGACGGUGGUGCACGAGUCAGCGGCAACGAAGGCACGAGGCAGAGAGGAGUGAUCAAGGUCGACGGUGGUGUCGACGGAAUCCAGGCGCGAGUGCAGCGGUCGACGGCGGCUGCAGGCAGCUCGCACGCCGACGUCGAUGUUCGACGUCGCUCUCCUCUACGAAGUGGUGGCGGGCUCUCGGCGACGACGCAUGUGACGGCGGGCGGGAUUGCACCGGCGUAUGGCUACUUCAAGUUUUCGCCGGAUCGAAUAACCGUCGCUCCGCUGCAAGGUCGACGGGACCUCAUCACCUGGAGGGAGUCGAUCGAACCUCAGCUGGAGGUCGCCGGGCUGAAGGGCUUCGCCGACGGCACUGUGCCAAUUCCGCCCGAGGAGGAUAUCGGGCUGCGCGGGGAGUUUCGUUCUGCUCACCUGCUCACCUUCAUGGUCAUCUCGAGGUGCUGCUCGCCGGUGGUGCAGCUGGUGCUCAGGAGCUGUCGAGAGCGACUGGAUGCUGGUCACCAGGCAUGGCGCUUCAUCAUAUCGACGUACCAGGUCAGGGACGACCUGUACAUCGGACAGCUAGAGGAGAAGAUGACUCACAUUCGGAUGGGCGAGCAGGACUACAUUCUUCAAGAUGAGGCGAUGCAGGAGGCCGAACAGCCCACAGAGCUUCUUCCGCAGGCGAACUACGUUGCAUCGACGAAGCUGAAUCAGCAGCAAGGGCAGCGCGGGAAGCCGGGCGGAAGUGGUAGCGGAGGUGGGCGGUCGACGAAGGACGUCGACGAGAAGAGGUCGACGCGGGACAAGGGUCGACGAGGUGGUGGUCGACGGCGCGAGUGGUGGAUCUGCGGCGAUCCCGACCAUCUCUCCUUUGAGUGCCCCGACCGCGAUGACAGUGACGAGGACGACAACAAGGGAGGCCGCGGACGAUCGGCCAGUCGUCGCCCCCGUCGAGUUGAGAAGCCGCGCAAGGAGAAGCAAGCGUCGAAGAAGACGUCGUCGACGAAAGACGUUGACAGCUCCAGCGGCAAGAGCCGAGGCGACGAGGAGGCGUCGUGCUCGAUGGUCGGCGUGGUGGAGCCGACGGUCUCGCUGGCGCCGGAGGCCGGCGAGGACUUCCAGGCAGUGGCGGCAGCUGUGCAGGCCAACCCGAUGGCGGUGUUGCUCGACAGCGGGUGCUCCCACCACCUGAUGGGGACGAAGUCGGUCUUCGUCGACAUGGGGCCGAGCGACGGGGUGAAGCACGUGCGUGGGUUCAAAGGGGCAUUGCAGCCUGUCAAGGGUCGCGGAACCGUCGCUCUGCAAGGGGAGGCCGGGAAGCGGGUCCUCAUCCCCGACGUACUCUACCUUCCGGGCGUACAGGCAAACCUGUUGUCUGCUGGCCAGCUGAAGGAGAGCGGAGUGCUGCUGCAGGGCGAUGGCGAUGAGAUACUGCUCGUCGCCGCGAAUGGGGAGGUGCUCGGUCGAGCACGCUACACCGGACGGGUACUCUGCACCGACCUUCGCCCCUGCUCGACGCAGUCGCCGUCGACCGAGGUGGUGGCUCUGCGGACGAUCAUCUCAGCGACGAAGACGACCCCCGACAGGAUGCAUGCGCGGCUCGCACACGUCAGCGUCGACACGAUCAAGAGCUCGGUAAAGCAUGAUGUUGCUACUGGGCUCGACAUCACGUUGUCGACCGGAGCAGACCCGCCGUGUGUCUCGUGCGCCGGAGGAAAGCUGGCGCGGCACACCUUCCCUGCCAAGGGCUCGGACGCAGCGGAGGCGCUAGCUGUCGUGCACAUUGACUUGUGCGGGCCAUUUCGAGUAGCUGCCAAGGAUGGCAGCUUGUACUUCCUGCUGCUGAAGGAUCGCCAUACUCAAUUUGUAUGGACAAUGCCGGUCGCUAGGAAGAGCGAUGUGCUGCGGGAGUUUCAGCGGUGGCUGGCGCUAGUGGAACGGCAGACGAAGAAGUCGGUGCUGUCGCUUCGCUCCGAUCGAGGAGGGGAGUUCCUCGGGAAGGCGUUCACCGACUUCGUCGACGGGAAGGGCAUCGUCCACGACCUGACGUGCCCCUACACUCCGCAGCAGAAUGGCAUGGCUGAGCGGGAGAUGCGCACGGUCGUCGAGUCCGUGCGGACGAUGCUGCUGCACAUGAGCGUGCAGCACCACUGGUGGCACCUUGCUCUACGACAAGCGGUCUGGGUGCGCAACUGCUUGGAGCGGUCGACGACGCCACCGGGAACGACUCCGUACCAGCUGUUGACCGGGCAGAAGCCCGACCUUACGCUGGCGCGGGUGUGGGGCUGCAUGGUGUAG